UCUCAAACCUCCACCCAAUCCAAACAGAAUCUCAUGAUGGAUCCAAGUGAAAUUAGCGGGAUGUACUUACCACCCGUUACCCCGCUAUCGGCGAGUGACCUCGAAAGAGCUCAUUGUGACUAA